UUUGCUCUGGCCGGACAAUUUUUUGGUGCUUGAAACGAACCGGAUUCCGGAGCUAAGAGGCUGCGGUGUGAAGAGGAAAACCCGGUUCUUUUCAAACUCCACCUCCGAACCGGCCUCGAAACACCGUUGGUGUGAAUGAGACAUGUGCUCCAGUGAAAACAAAAUUACAAACAGUAAGCUCUUUGUGCAGCAGCAGGUUGCAUUUCACCACAGCCAGCCCUCCGCUCCACAGCGCCCCCUCUGGCCAGCCGCUGCACCGCGAGGACAAGCUGAGAGCCCGCUGAGCGACUGCUGCUGAAGACACAACACUGUUGUCUGCACUCAGCCUGACCUGCGACUGGCAAUGGACUACACGAACAACUCCUCCAACAGCAACACCUCCGGAGACACCAUGAGCUCCUCCUUAGCCAACAUUACCAUCAGCGACCAGCACCACCAGGAGAACGGCAUCAUGAAAGAGCCUGAAGCAGCUGUCAGUGAAAACGGGGCUACACCUCUGUCUGUGCUCUGUGACGACAAGGUGCACCCUGUGGAGACGUCAGAGAAGGCCGGUGUUGAAGCGGCAGGGCCUGAGCUCUCAGAAACAGAGAGCACUUCAUGUGGAGGCGAGGGGCAGCUUGCAGCAGCAGCAGCAGGAGGAGGAGCAGCUUCAACAGCUCAAGCAAAGAUCGAUAACGGCUCUGCAGAUAAGACCCCAACUGCUAUCAAACCAACCUCUUCCCCUAAAAGACCAUCCCCAGUCACCGGGGGCAACAAAACAAACUCUCCCUCCGGAAACGGCCCCAGCUCCAUCCCCAUUAAAACCAGCAGCCCGGGGCCCCGGCAGCCCGGAGGUCCCGGUCUUGCAAAGUCUCAAACCCAAGGAGUAAAAUCAGCAGCUCAAGCAGCUAGUGCCAAGAAACCUCCCACUCCAAAAAAUCAAAAAGAUGGGAGUGGCCAUAGCAGCCCCGGCACUAAAUCUCCCUCUAGCCAACUCUCUGCGAAGGCGGCGGAGGCCAACAAAGUGAAGAAAGUGGCGGUGGUGCGUUCUACGCCCAAAUCCCCGGGCUCGCUGAAGAGCCGCCCCCCCGUCCCUCUGGCUGCAGCGGCUCCAAUGCCCGACCUGAAGAAUGUCAGGUCCAAGGUCGGCUCCACAGACAACCUGAAGCACCAGCCUGGGGGGGGAAAGGUCCAAAUCCUUGACAAGAAGCUGGAGUUACCUAAUGUUUCAUCUCGUUGUGGAUCUAAGGACAACAUAAAGCACACCCCUGGAGGAGGCAAGGUUCAGAUUGUGCACAAAAAGGUCGAUCUGACCAACGUUCAGGCCAAAUGUGGAUCUAAAUCCAACCUCCACCAUAAGCCAGGUGGUGGGAAUAUCGAGAUCAAAAAUGAGAAGGUGGAGUUCAAAGGUCAGUCUAAGGUCGGCUCUCUGGGAAACAUCGGCCACGUCCCUGGAGGGGGGCAGAGGAGGAUUGAGAGCCACAAGCUGAGCUUCCGUGAGUCCGCCAAGGCGCGCACGGACCACGGCGCAGAGAUCGUCUCCCUGGAGGACUCCCCCCACCCCCUCAGCACCGUGUCCUCCUCCGGCAGCCUCAACAUUGCCGACUCCCCGCAGCUCUCCACACUGGCCGACCAGGUGUCCGCCUCCCUGGCCAAACAGGGCUUGUGAACACCCCCCCCCCCCCCAAACCUCCACCUGGCUCCACUCAACCACACGACCACGUAGAGGAGUUGUGAUGCCUCCCUCGUUAUUUUCACAGGACUUUUUUAGCUACCCAUCACUGUUUAUCCUUCACUAAACUGGCAUUACGUAGAGAGAGAGAAAAAUGAUUAACAAGUAUGUGUUUAAUUUCUCUCUGUGGUCUCUUCAUUUGCUAUUUUUACCUUUUGUAAGUCUCCCUUUUAAGAGUUUAAGCACCCCAGCAGAGCAAGAUUGUCCCUGUGAAUCCACAGAUCUUCAUACAUAUCCUGGUAAUCAUUUAACACUUGGUUCCCUGUCCCAUCGACUGUGGCCCUAGAUAGGUCUGUAUCUAACGUGUCCCCUUUCCUUUCCUGCUGGGGUCCGGGUUGUGCUAACGCAGAAGGAGCAGCUAACAGGGUACGGUGAGGGGUGUCGGAGGAAAACUGCUAAAAAGAAAAGUAGCAAAUUAAUUGUGCAAGGCAGAGAAAAUGCUUUCAGACCUCAGUGCUGUAUUUUGCUUGGUGUAGUCCCGACAUGACGGGGGUGUAACCUGGAUAAAAAAAAGAAAAGAAAAAACAGAACUGCUAGCGUAGAAACUUUGGUUUGUGUUGGGCACAGUUUUAUAAUCGUUCUCUGUGGAUAUAUGACAUGUAUUUGAUAUGAAGAAACAUUUGUAUCGUGCCUGCUACUGUCAGUGUUAUUUUAUUUUGUGUUACUGCUCUAUUGUAAAUGCGCUUAAGAAGAUCAAUUAACCUUAAGGCAUUUUAAACUGUCAUGGCCAAAUUAUUAAGAGGAAUAGAGACUCGAAGCUAGUCAUUGAUAACAGUAUUAUGCACAUUUAAGGUAGGUAGAAUAAUCAUCACAAUUACUGGAAGUUAUUCUUAAAGCGAGACAACGCAACUUCUGAUAAAAUGAUGCUAAGCUAACAGUGUUAAAGUAAAGACGCUAGUUGUAAAUUUGACUUUUAAGAUUGUGUUAGCUCCUCUCUUAAACGUUACAUAAUCUCACUUUAAAGGUGGAAAAAAUGUGUACAUUUGUUCUCAACCAUAAUGAUUAGCAGGUUGGUGGAUGAUGAUGAUGAUGAUGAUGGAUGAAGAUAGGUUGACUGGGCCAAGUUAAGUUGAGGGAAAGCUGUACAGCAGUUGAUGUUUGUCUCUGGACGGUUCUACAUGACACUAAAUUAGCUGGUUGCUUUUAGCUUCCCUAAUAAAAUACUAGAGAUCACGGCUAAGAAAAGCUACUCGGCCAAAAGUAUGUGGACACCCGAAUUCUCGGCCUAUAUCUCACGAAAUUAGAAGCAGCAAUGUGUCUGUAAUACUUCUGACUAACAUACUUAGCUUCCUCAGCUAAUUCCCAAGUUUAAAAGCAAAUAUUACAGUUAAUCGCUCUCAUGACACCUCAAUAUUAUCUUGAUCCACAGAUUCAAAGAGAGUAAUGAGUGUUUAGUGUUUUGUAAAGAUGCAACCAGCCGUUUUCCUCAAUUUGUAAUGAGAUCCUUAACAAUAUAACACUCCGUUCAUGUGCUCAAACCCGUCCUAAUGUUGAUCGGUACUCCAGUGACUCAUCACUAUUACCCGCAUUCAUGAAAACAAGUGAAACAACUUCUUGCAUGCACCUCAUGUAGGAGUCUGCCUGUUGCCCCCCCUUUCACAAAGUGGUCUCUUUGUACUUCCUGUUUAAUGAACACUUCCUGGAAAGACAUGAUCUAGAAAGAAAAGGUGGUUAUAAAGAGUCCACACUCCCAACUGUGUGUAUUUAACAUGUUGCCGACAUAGAUUUAAAGGUGUUUUAUCUCUAUGAUCGCAAAGAUAGGACUCAAGAGUGCUUGCACCUUUAUCUGCAUGCUGAGUUCUUUAGACCACAUCAUGUGUGGGUGAGAGGAGGAGGACGACGAGAGGUAAUGUGCUUCGGUGGGUCGGUUUUCUGCAGUAACAAAACUCAUCACCCUUUUUUCCGUUUGGUUGCUUCUGACGCUGUACAGUUGUGGAAAUGUGAUUGUUCUCGUUAUUGUGCAUUUGAUCAAUAACUGGUUUAUGAUGAUUCUUGUUGCUGUAUAUGUGUAUUUGAAAAUAAAUGCUACGAAGUCAC